UGGUGGAUCGCUUGGAGAAUAUGCGAAAGAGUGUGGUUGGAGAUGGGGUAAACCGCUGCAUCCUGUGUGGGGAACAGCUGGGAAUUCUGGGCUCCUCCUGCGUGGUGUGUGAGGACUGCAAGAAGAAUGUCUGCACCAAGUGUGGAGUGGAGACCUCCAACAGCCGCCCACAUUCCAUCUGGCUUUGCAAGAUUUGCAGCGAGCAAAGAGAGGUUUGGAAGCGCUCUGGAGCAUGGUUCUUCAAGGGCUUCCCCAAACAAGUGCUCCCUCAGCCCAUGCCAGUGAAGAAAUCCAAGCCUCAGCAGCCACCCACUGAACCCAGCUCCUCAGAGCCACCCACCCUAGAGCCCAAGCACCAUCCCCGAACACCUGGCCGAGGCCCAGGAGAGGCUGGCCUCCCUGGAGAACAUGGAGAUGCCAAGGACAAGAGGGGCGUGGGCCAGAAAUCAGGUCCUGAGCCUGCCCCUGCUCCUGGAAGGGGCAGCUAUGGCCCCCCAAUGCGCCGGGCCUCAGAGGCUCACAUGAGCUCCAGUGGAACAGACUACACAGGCAGGGAUUCUGAAGGCCGGGACUACGGCCCAGGUGGGGCCACUGGGGGUGAUGCCAGUCGGAGUCCAGCAGGUUUGAGAAGGGCCAACUCAGUUCAGGCCUCCAGACCCUCCCAAGCAUCCAGCCAAAGUGCCGCAGCUCAGCCUGGUCCCCCAGCUCAGGGGGAUCUGGCCCAAGGGGAGCCUGCCUACCCCUCAGCAGCAGCCAUUCCCCGGGAUGACCGAGCAGGGGACACAGGGGGUUACCCCCUAACUGGAGCCAAGGAUGAUCGGGCAGUGCGACGAUCAGGAGCCUACUCCCAGGCAGCUGCUGCACCCCAGCCUGCUGCUGCCUCAGCCCGGCAGCAGCAGCCACCCCCAGAAGAGGAUGAAGAAGAGGCAAACAGCUAUGAUUCUGAUGAAGCAACUACUCUGGGAGCUUUGGAGUUCAGCCUUCUUUAUGACCAGAACAAUAGCUCCCUGCAAUGCACCAUUAUCAAGGCUAAGGGAUUAAAACCAAUGGAUUCCAAUGGCCUGGCUGAUCCCUAUGUGAAGCUGCACCUUCUGCCUGGCGCCAGCAAGUCCAACAAGUUAAGGACAAAAACUCUGAGGAAUACACGAAAUCCCAUCUGGAAUGAAACCCUGGUCUAUCAUGGCAUCACCGAUGAGGACAUGCAAAGGAAGACCCUAAGGAUUUCUGUCUGUGAUGAAGACAAGUUUGGCCACAAUGAGUUCAUUGGGGAAACCCGAUUCUCCCUGAAGAAACUGAAGCCUAAUCAGAAGAAGAAUUUCAACAUCUGCCUGGAGCGGGUCAUCCCUAUGAAGCGAGCUGGGACCACAGGAUCAGCAAGAGGCAUGGCACUGUAUGAAGAGGAGCAGGUGGAACGUGUGGGUGAUAUCGAAGAACGUGGCAAGAUCCUAGUGUCACUCAUGUAUAGCACCCAGCAAGGAGGCCUCAUCGUGGGUAUUGUGCGCUGUGUCCACCUGGCCGCAAUGGAUGCUAAUGGCUACUCCGACCCCUUCGUCAAACUCUGGCUGAAACCAGACAUGGGGAAGAAAGCCAAGCACAAGACACAAAUCAAAAAGAAGACAUUGAAUCCUGAGUUUAAUGAGGAGUUUUUCUAUGAUAUAAAACACAGUGAUCUGGCCAAGAAGUCACUGGACAUCUCUGUCUGGGAUUAUGACAUUGGCAAAUCCAAUGAUUAUAUUGGUGGCUGCCAGCUUGGCAUCACCGCCAAGGGGGAGCGCUUGAAACACUGGUACGAGUGCCUAAAGAACAAGGACAAGAAGAUUGAGCGCUGGCACAACCUACAGAAUGAGAACCACGUCUCGAGCGAUUAAAGCAGGGGCUGUGAGCCCCACCCCUGCCCAUUCCUCAGCUCUUCCCUCUGUCCCCCAGCCUCACCCCCACUGGCCCCUGGAACUCCUCACUCUAGUCCUGCAGUCAGCUGUUCUGGAUCCAUCAACCUGGCUGAGACGGUCUCUCCAGGCUCCCUGUGCUAUGUGCACUGACUCCAGAAAGCUGCCUUGGCUUUCUUUUUCCUUCCCUGAACCUACCUUUGAGGUCUCUUCCUCUCCUCUUAAAUAUGAGGGGGCACUUACCCUGCUCUUUCUUCCCCUUCUCUUUCU